CCUUUCGGUUUCAUUGUACUUGUUGGUCUCGUGUCCACCACCAAAAAUUAAGACAUAUAAAAGGAUACUUCUUGUCAUGUUUAGUCAGUUCAGUCCGAAAUCUCAACAAACAAAAAUGUUCUCCAAGGUAUUGUGUUUGUCUGCCUUCGUCGCAAUUGCCAGCGCUGGUCUUUUAGACUACCACACUCCAGCUCACGGCAGUGCUUACUCCACUGUCCACGUGUCUCAACCAGUUCUUGCCCACGCUGCUCCAGUUCUUCAUGCCGCUCCCGUCUACGCUCAUGCUGCCCCAGCUCACCACGACGUUGACUACUACGCCCACCCCAAAUACGAAUACAACUACGGAGUACAAGACCCCCACACCGGUGACCACAAGACCCAACACGAAGUACGUGAUGGUGAUGUAGUAAAGGGCUCCUACACCGUUGCUGAACCUGACGGCACCCUCCGCACUGUCCACUACACCGCCGACGACCACAACGGUUUCAACGCUGUCGUAGAGAAGACCGGACAUGCCGUACACGCCGCCCCUGUGGUCAAGAAAAUUGUUACUGCUCCCAUUGUAGCUGCCCCAGCUCAUUAUUAUCAUCAUUAAUAUACGUGCACGACAUAAAUUAUUUAUUUAUUUUUUUAAAUAUAAUAUUAAAAAUA